GAAACGCACAGUGAGCUGCGGAGGACCGUGGGGGUGGCGGCGCCGGAGCCGGGAAGGGACAGGUCAGGCGGACGGGCGAGCGCGUGCAGCCUACACCUCCUGGGCUCGGCCAGCCGGCUGAGCGCAGCCGGGGGACGUGUGUACGCAGCGCGGCCCUCCUGGUCCGCACGUCGGCCCCGGAUCGCGCCGCGCCUCCUCGGGCCUCGGCGGGCGGUGACAGGUGCGCGGAGGCGCGGCGCUCUCUAGCCCGCCGGCCCGUCCCCUCCGGGCCUCGCCCGCCGGCUCGGGAUGAGCCGAGGGCCCCGACCGAGCGGCCCCGGCUCCAGCUCUCGGCGCCUGUCGCGGCCGCCGCCCCUGAGCGGAGGAGGACGCGGCCGCUGACUGGCGGGCAUGAGCUAGUCGCGGUUGCUGCCGCGGUACUGUGCGCCGACAUGAACCUGCACCAGGUGUUGACCGGCGCGGUGAACCCUGGCGACCACUGCUUCUCCGUGGGCAGUGUCGGCGACCAGCGCUUCACGGCAUAUGCAUCUGGAUGUGACAUUGUAAUACUGGGAAGUGAUUUUGAAAGAUUACAGAUCAUCCCAGGAGCUCAGCAUGGAAACAUUCAAGUAGGGUGUAUAGACUGCUCAAUGCAGCAAGGCAAGAUUGCAGCAUCCUACGGAAACGUUAUCUCUAUUUUUGAACCAGUCAGUCUACCAAGACAAAAGAAAAAUUUGGAAUUUUAUAAUCAGUGGCAGAAAAGGGGCCAGUUUUUUCUGGACUCAAUAGCACACAAUAUCACUUGGGAUCCUACAGGAAAUCGUCUUUUGACUGGUUCCAGCUCUUUGCAACUCUGGUCCAAUGUUAACUUGCAGAAGCAAACUGAAGAUGAAAAUCCAGAGAAAAUGGAUCUUAACUUUGGGGACUGGAGAUGCAUUUGGCAUUGCAAAACUUCUUCUCAAGUUCAUUUAAUGAAAUUUUCACCAGAUGGAGAAUUUUUUGCCACUGCUGGGAAGGAUGACUGUCUUUUAAAGGUUUGGUAUAAUGUAGAAAACUGGCGGACAGCUGUUACCUCUCCAGAUAGAAGUUCAGAAAAACAGUCCCAAGGAGAAAUUGACUUUUCUUUUGUAUAUCUGGCCCAUCCUCGAGCUGUAAAUGGAUUUUCCUGGCGCAAAACAAGCAAAUACAUGCCUAGGGCUUCUGUAUGUAAUGUGCUGUUGACUUGCUGCAGAGAUAAUGUAUGUCGUCUUUGGGUAGAAACAUUUUUACCAAAUGAUUGUUUGUUGUAUGGAGGCGACUGCAACCAUUGGUCUGAACCAAUUAACUUAACAAAUAACUUCAAGAGAAAUGCUUCCAGCAAAGAAAGAGUUCAAAAUGCUUUAGAAGUAAACCUGAGGCCUUUUCGUAGAGGCCGCAGGAGAUCACUUGCCCUCGUAGCACAUACCGGCUACCUGCCUCACCAGCAGGAUCCUCAUCAUGUCCACAGGAAUGCCCCACUGCAUGCCAAUGCACUGUGCCACUUUCACAUUGCAGCCAGCAUCAACCCUGCCACAGACAUUCCACUUCUUCCAUCUAUCACGUCUCUGAGUCUAAGUGAAAAUGGAGAGGCGAGCGGGCCCUUUGUGGUGCACUGGUUAAACAACAAAGAGCUGCAUUUCACAUUGUCCAUGGAAGUCUUUUUACAGCAGCUUAGAAAGAGUUGUGAACAGCCAUCUUCUGAGGCCAGUGUAGAGGACGCUAACCAGGCAGAUGUGAAGUCUGAUGAAGAAAUGGAUGAGGCUGUUGAUGACCUGAAAACAAAUCAUGAGAAAGAGUUGGGUGAAGAUAAAGUAGUACCAAGCUCAAGCUGCACACCACUGUCAUCAGCAGCUAUUGAUCGGGAGAUCGAAGUGCUUCUGUCUGAGUGGAGUGAGAACGCAGACAUGCUGUUCAGUAUCCAUCCCAUGGACGGCUCCUUACUCGUGUGGCAUGUGGACUGGCUGGAUGAGUACCAGCCUGGUAUGUUUCGCCAAGUCCAGGUGUCCUUCGUCUCCAGAAUUCCUGUAGCUUUCCCCACGGGUGAUGCCAGCUCCCUUUGCAAAAGCAUAGUGAUGUAUGCCUGUACCAAGAAUGUCGACUUGGCUCUUCAGCAAGGGAGACAGAAACCUUCCGGCCUCACUCGUUCCACAUCAAUGCUUAUCUCUUCUGGUCAAAAUAAAUCAUCUCAUAGUUUAAAAUUAAGUAUUUUUACCCCUAAUGUUAUGAUGAUUUCAAAGCAUGCUGAUGGGUCUCUGAAUCAGUGGCUGGUCAGUUUUGCUGAGGAAUCUGCUUUUUCUACAGUUCUUAGUAUUUCUCACAAAUCCAGAUAUUGUGGUCAUCGCUUCCAUCUUAAUGACUUAGCUUGCCACUCAGUGUUACCAUUGUUACUGACAACAUCACACCAUAAUGCAUUAAGGACACCAGGUACUGAUAAUCCAAAGAAACCUUGUGAUGCUAUAAAUAUUGAAGAAUGUACUCUGAUACCACAAAAUAAAAGCACUGCUGAUGUGGCAUUUCAGGAUCCCAAUGCAGUGUAUAGUGAGCUCAUUCUCUGGAGGGUUGACCCAGUCGGGCCAUUGUCAUUUUCUGGAGGAGUGUCUGAGCUUGCCCGGAUUAAUUCUCUUCACAUUUCUGCCUUUUCCAAUGUGGCAUGGCUCCCUACUCUCAUCCCCAGUUAUUGUCUAGGUGCGUACUGCAACUCUCCUAGUGCGUGCUUUGUGGCAAGUGAUGGCCAGUGUCUGAGGCUAUAUGAAGCUGUUAUUGAUGCCAAGAAGCUUUUAUGUGAACUUUCCAACCCCGAAAUUUCUAAAUAUGUUGGGGAAGUGUUUAACAUCGUCAGUCAGCAAUCAACAGCCAGGCCAGGAUGCAUUAUGGCGUUAGAUCCCAUUACCAAGCUUCAUGGCAGAAAAACCCAGCUGCUUCAUGUUUUUCAAGAAGACUUCAUUUUGAAUAACCUUGAUAAGAAAAGUCUGGGGAAAGACAACGUUUUAUCUGAUACAGGCAGCUCAACUAAUGGAUUUUCUGAAAAGUUCUACCUAGUUGUAAUAGAGUGUACUCAAGACAACCAUUCACUGUUACACAUGUGGAAGUUACACUUAAAGUCAAUUCCUGUCUCAUUGGAUGAAAAAGUAGAUACAAAAAUAUCUGAGUCAGUUUGGCAACCAGAAGAACAUUAUUCUUCCUCUCCAGAGAAGAUCAUAUCUCCGUUUUCACAGAAGUAUCAGGCUUGCAGAGCAAAUCUGCAGAGCACAAGCAAGUUGUCUCUUCUCUCUGAAAUGGUGUAUAGCCAAGAGUUUCCCUUGCCAGAAGGAGUGGAGAUAAUAAGUGUGAAGCCAUCAGCAGGACAUCUGAGCUCUUCUUCCAUAUAUCCUGCCUGCAGUGCCCCAUAUUUGUUGGCAACUUCAUGCUCAGAUGAUAAAGUAAGAUUUUGGAGAUGCAGAGUAACAGAUGGAGAAUCUGCCACAUCAAGGGAUGGAAAAACAGAUCUCACAUACAUUUGGGAAGAAUGGCCAUUACUUAUUGAAGAUGGACUUCAGAGCAACAGUAGUGUAAUUGUACCUGGUAGGCCUGUAGAAGUUAGCUGUGCACAUACAAAUCGUUUAGCAGUAGCUUAUAAGCAGCCUGCAUCUAAUAGUAGAUCUUCUCAGGACUUUGUGAUGCAUGUAAGUAUUUUUGAAUGUGAGUCUACAGGAGGUUCAUGUUGGGUCCUUGAACAGACAAUUCAUUUAGAUGAGUUAAGCACAGUGCUGGAUUCUGGAAUUAGUAUCGAUAGCAAUUUAGUGGCAUAUAAUAAACCAGAGGCGUAUUUAUUCAAUAAAGAAUGUAUGACAUCAAACACAAAGCAUUUAGUUCACUUAGAUUGGAUGUCUAGAGAAGAUGGUUCUCAUAUCCUGACUGUAGGAAUUGGAUCAAAACUUUUCAUGUAUGGGCCCCUGUCUGGCAAGAUCCAAGAACAGACUGGUAAGGAAAGCCUGGUACUCCCUCUCUGGGAGAGCACAAAAGCCGUGCCUCUUUCUAGAUUUGUGCUGUUACGAAGUGUAGACCUAGUUUCCUCUGUGGAAGGCUCCCCACCUUUCCCCGUUUCUCUGUCGUGGGUCCGGGAUGGCAUCCUCGUGGUAGGAAUGGAUUGUGAGAUGCACGUAUAUUCCCAGUGGCAGCCGUACUCUAAACAAGAUACAAUUAGAGCAGAUUCAUGCAAUGGGAGCACGCCAUCUAUACUGAGCUUAAUAAAACAGAGUAACUCGUCAAGCUCUGGACUGCACCCUCCAAAGAAAACUCUGACUCGAUCCAUGACCAGUCUUGCCCAGAAAAUCUGUGGAAAGAAAAGUGCACUUGAUCCAUCAGUGGAUAUGGAAGAUUCUGGUCUUUUUGAAGCAGCUCAUGCGCUUUCUCCAACUUUACCUCAGUACCAUCCCUUGCAGCUUUUGGAACUCAUGGAUCUUGGCAAAGUUCGAAGAGCAAAGGCUAUAUUGUCACAUCUUGUCAAGUGCAUUGCUGGGGAGGUUGUCGCUCUGAAUGAAGCUGAAUCCAAUCACGAGCGCCGCUUGAGGUCUCUCACCAUCAGCGCUAGUGGUAGCACCAGCAGAGACCCCCAGGCCUUCAACAAAGCCGAAAGUACAGACUACACAGAGAUAGACUCUGUCCCUCCGCUUCCCUUGUAUGCCUUACUUGCAGCAGAUGACGACAGCUCCUAUGCGUCUUUGGAGAAAUCCAGUAAGGAUGGUUUCCUAAAUAAGUCAAAUCUAUUGUCAAAAGAAAGCUAUGAUCAGCUUUUUCAAACUGCAGCUCCCACAUUGGACACCCACGUGCUGGAGACUGAGGAGGAACGCGUGGAGCCCAGAGUCAUUGACCUCUCACGGUACAGCCCAGCAUACUUUGGUCCUGAACAUGCUCAGGUUCUUUCCAGCCACUUGCUUCACUCUAGUUUGCCAGGACUCAGCCGCAUGGAGCAGAUGUCUCUGAUGGCCUUAGCAGACACAAUUGCCACCACAAGCACUGACAUUGGAGAAAGCAGAGACAAAAGCCAAGGUGGAGAAACUCUCGAUGAGUGUGGGUUAAAGUUUCUUUUGGCUGUUCGACUCCACACUUUCCUCACAACUUCCCUUCCAGCCUAUCGAGCUCAGCUGCUGCAUCAAGGCCUGUCUAGUAGUCAUUUUGCUUGGGCAUUUCACUCAGUGGCAGAAGAAGAACUGCUGAACAUGCUACCUGCAAUGCAGAAAAAUGAUCCCACUUGGUCUGAACUACGAGCCAUGGGUGUGGGCUGGUGGGUGCGAAAUGCCCUCCUCUUACGAAGAUGCAUAGAGAAAGUAGCCAAAGCAGCCUUUAAUAGAAACAAAGAUCCUUUAGAUGCUGCUAUUUUUUACCUUGCAAUGAAAAAGAAAGCUGUGAUUUGGGGCUUAUAUAGAUCUCAAAAAGAUACGAGAAUGACACAAUUUUUUGGACACAAUUUUGAAGAGGAAAGGUGGCGUAAAGCAGCUUUGAAGAAUGCUUUUUCUUUGCUAGGGAAACAAAGAUUUGAACAUUCUGCAGCAUUUUUUCUUUUAGCUGGUUGCCUCAGAGAUGCAGUUGAGGUAUGCCUUGAGAAGCUGAAUGACAUUCAGUUAGCUCUUGUAAUAGCAAGACUCUAUGAGUCUGAAUUUGACAAAUCUGCAACAUAUAAAUCUGUCUUACAAAAAAAAGUGCUGGGAAUUGACUCUCCUGUCCACAAGCUGAGUUCUUUGAGCAUAAAUAUGCACUGUGAUCCUUUUCUCCGGAGUAUGGCACAUUGGAUUUUGGAGGAUUAUGGUAGUGCUCUGGAAACACUGAUAAAGCAACCUGCCAGAGAGGAUGAUGAUCAAGUCAUGAUGUCAGCCUGUAAUCCUACAGUUUUUAAUUUCUACAAUUAUCUAAGAACACAUCCUCUUUUGCUGAGACGUCAUUUUGGAUCAUCUGAUACAUUUUCCACACACAUGGAUUUAGUAGAAAGAAGUGGACUGGUGGGAACAAUUAACUUAAGUGAAAGAAAAUUAUUUUUUACUACUGCCAGUGCUCAUCUAAAAGCUGGCUGUCCUAUGUUGGCUCUGGAAGUAUUGUCAAAGAUGCCCAAAGUCAUCAAGAAAACAAAACCUUUGUGUAGAGGAUCUAGCUUUCUGGAUACCAGUAAAGAUUCUUCUCUACUAAAAUUGGAUGCAAGAGAAGAUACGUCUUCUGCUGUAGAUUGGUCACAGUCACUGCUGAAUGGUUUUGGAUCUCCUUCAGAGAGUUCUUCAGAGAAGCACUCAAACUCCACUCUUUCUUUUGACUGGAACCAACCAAGUGUUAUAUUUCAGGAUGACUCUUUAGAGUUAAAAUGGGACAGCGAUGAUGAUGAAGAAAAUGAGGAUCUCCCAAUUUCAAUGAAAGAACUAAAACCUUUACAGAGAAAAGUAGAUACAAAAUUAGAUGAAGUAAGCAAUUAUACAGACUCUUUCAGCACAUUAGAUGAAAAUGACAUUUUAAAUCCAUCAGAAGAUAUAAUUGCUGUUCAAUUAAAAUUUAGAGCAUGUUUAAAGAUCCUCACAGUAGAACUUCGUACUUUAUCUACUGGCUAUGAAAUAGAUGGUGGGAAAUUGCGUUACCAACUGUACCACUGGCUUGAAAAAGAAGUGGUAGCUCUUCAAAGAACUUGUGACUUUUGCUCAGAUGCUGAAGAACUGCAUCCCACUUUUGAUAAAGGUAGAGGUGAGUUUGGAGUAAAUGAGGACUGUGAUGAUUUGCGUCACCAAACAAAAGCAAAGCAACUAAGAGAGAGUUUUCAAGAAAAGAGACAGUGGCUCUUGAAAUACCAGUCACUCUUGAGAAUGUUUCUUAGCUACUGCAUACUUCAUGGCUCCCAUGGUGGGGGUCUUGCAUCUGUGAGAAUGGAAUUAAUUUUGCUUUUGCAAGAAUCUCAACAGGAAACAUCAGAACCACUAUUUCCUAGCCCUCUGUCAGAGCAAACCUCAGUGCCUCUCCUCUUUGCUUGUACAGCCAGUGCCAAAACAGUAGUUGCCAAUCCACUGUUGCACCUUAGUAAUCUAACACAUGAUAUUCUUCAUGCCAUAGUCAACUUUGAUUCACCACCUCAGCCCGAUAGCCAAAGCAAUAAAGUAUAUGUGAUGCACACUCUGGCUGCCUCACUUUCCGCUUGUAUUUACCAGUGCCUUUGCGGUAGUCAUAACUACAGUUCCUUUCAGACAAAUGAGUUUACUGGGAUGGUGUACCAGCCAGUGCUGCUUCCUCAUCGGCACUCCCUGAGAACGGGAAGCCUAGAUGAGGCAAUAACUCCCAACACGGUACCAGCGCAGUGGCCAGGAAUAACUUGUCUCAUUCGACUUUUGAAUUCUUCUGGCGAGGAAGCCCAGUCAGGACUUACAGUCUUGCUUUGUGAGAUCCUCACAGCAGUGUAUCUUAGUCUCUUCAUCCAUGGCCUGGCCACACAUUCUAGUAAUGAACUGUUUCGGAUUGUGGCCCAUCCUUUAAAUGAAAAAAUGUGGUCUGCUGUAUUUGGUGGAGGUGUACAUGUUCCCAGCAAAGAACAGAUACACUCAAAAGCUUUACCUGGAAGGCAUUUUGCUGUGCCUUGCUCUCACCAGGUAGUGGUAUUCUCCAUGGAAUGUGUGGGCUUUUCCAAAGCUCUGUCAGCCAUCAGUGCUCAUAGCCCUCCCAGUCUUGCAGUUUCUUCACUGGUUGAAGAAGGAGAAAAGCAACAUAAACAUUUUAGGGCAUCAAAACCAUCUUGCAAAGACUCUACCCCACUGACCUCUUCCUCACCAGCUGUAAACCAGGAGUCACUGGCAGUUAAGGAGAAGUUCAUUCCACCUGAGCUCAGUAUCUGGGACUAUUUCAUAGCCAAGCCUUUUCUACCCCCUUCCCAAAGUAGAGCAGAAUAUGAUUCAGAGGAGAGUCUGGAAAGUGGUGAUGAUGAGGAUGAGGAUGAUGGUGAUGUCUCAGCUUCAGAUUUCCAUCUCUAUGAGCAUUCUAAUCCAAAUUCAUACAGUUGGUCAUUGAUGCGACUGACGAUGGUGCAGUUGGUGCUCAGCAACCUGAAGGCUUUCUAUCCCUUUGCAGGUCAUGAUCUUGCAGAGCUUCCAGUCAGUUCUCCUCUUUGUCAUGCGGUUCUAAAAACUCUUCAGUGUUGGGAACAAGUUCUUCUCCGACGGCUUGAAAUCCAUGGCGGACCACCUCAAAAUUACAUCUCAAGUCAUACCUCUGAAGAGAGUUUGUCUGUAGGUCCAGCAAUUCUCCGCCACAAAGCUUUACUGGAACCUACAAACACUCCUUUCAAAUCUAAACAUCACCUGGCCCUGUCUGUGAAGAGGCUUUGGCAGUACUUGGUGAAGCAGGAAGAAAUUCAAGAAACCUUUAUCAGGAAUAUAUUCACAAAGAAGCGAUGUCUAAAUGAGUCAUUAGAGGACAACAGUGAAACCAUCAAAAAUUCUAUGAUGGAGGAUCAAAACAUCAAUAAGAUAGAAGCAGAUUUAGGAUAUCCUGGAGGUAAAGCAAGAAUUAUUCAUAAGGAAUCAGAUAUCAUUACUGCCUUUGCUGUUAAUAAAGCAAAUAGAAAUUGCAUAGCAAUCGCCUCUAGCCAUGAUGUUCAAGAACUGGAUGUUUCUGGAAUUCUGGCUACACAGAUCUAUACUUGGGUGGAUGAUGACAUAGAAAUGGAAGCCAAAGGGUCAGAAGAUUUCCUGGUUAUACAUGCUCGUGAUGACAUGACAGCUGUGCAGGGCACAACCCCGUACACUCAUAGCACUCCUGGCACUCCAAUCAACAUGCCAUGGCUUGGCAGCACGCAGACUGGCCGCGGAGCCUCUGUGAUGAUUAAGAAAACCAUUAAUAAUGUCAGAAGAAUGACUUCUCACCCAACUCUUCCUUACUAUCUGACAGGAGCUCAAGAUGGGAGUGUCAGGAUGUUCGAGUGGGGCCAUUCACAACAGAUAACGUGCUUUCGGUCUGCUGGCAAUGCGAGAGUCACAAGGAUGAGAUUUAACUAUCAGGGAAAUAAGUUUGGAAUAGUUGAUGCUGAUGGAUAUUUAAGUUUGUAUCAAACCAACUGGAAAUGUUGUCCAGUUACUGGGACCAUGCCUAAGCCAUACCUGACUUGGCAGUGUCAUAACAAGACAGCUAAUGAUUUUGUCUUCGUUAGUUCCUCCUCUCUGAUAGCUACAGCUGGUCUUUCAACUGACAAUAGAAACAUAUGCUUGUGGGAUACACUUGUAGCACCUGCUAAUAGUUUAGUCCACGCAUUUACAUGCCAUGAUAGUGGAGCCACAGUUUUAGCAUAUGCUCCCAAACAUCAACUGCUAAUAUCAGGUGGCAGAAAAGGGUUCACAUGUGUAUUUGACCUUGGACAGCGACAACAGAAGCGGCUCUUUCAGAGCCAUGAUUCUGCAGUGAAAGCCAUUGCUAUUGAUCCAACUGAAGAGCAUUUUGUUACAGGAUCUGCAGAGGGCAAUAUAAAGAUUUGGAGUCUUUCUACCUUCAGUCUUCUCCAUACUUUUAUCAGUGAACACGCCCGACAGUCCCUUUUUAGGAACAUUGGAACCGGAGUGAUGCAGAUUGAAACGGGGCCAGCAAAUCACAUCUUCUCUUGUGGAGCUGACGGUACUGUGAAGAUGAGGAUCCUGCCAGACCAGCUGAGCCCCUGGAGUGAAGAGCUGAAAAAUGACGUGAAGUUUAUGCUGUGAAGAUGUGUGACUUACUACCUGUUUCAUGGAAAUCAUUCUCCAGAUAAGCUGACGUGCUUCUGUUUUCAUGGUUAUCUUACAGAGCUUUGCUGAUGUACUGAUGCCUUAAAAAGUUAACAAACCCUUGAGAGCUACAUCCCUUCACCUAAGUAGAAUGCUAAGGAAUGCUGUGAGAAAGCAAACUGAUGGCGUGUCUCAUUGGGUGCAUUCAGGGUUCAGGGAGUGUCUGCUCAUUGUUGAUGAGCUCCUGAAGACAUUUCUGCAUGGACAUCUUUAAGUAAGCACAACAGUAUGGAACACUCAUCCUUCAUUCCCCUACCAGACUCACCAAUCGCAAGCUCUUUCCUCUUAAUAAUGAUAAAUUGUUAUGUGGGUAAGAAUCAAACACUAACAUCUCUGUUCCAAUUGUCACAGGGACUUGGUAACAAAUGAGCCAAGUGGUUCAUCGUGUACAGUGUUCAUCAGUUUCUCCCAGAGCUCAAAUUGUGUGUGUGUGCAUGUGUGUGUAUGUAUAUACACCUCUUAUUUGAACAUAGCUUGUGCACAUAUAUAUAUAUGCACAAAUUACAUCUUCUCAUGUCUUUUUGUGCCAUGACAACUGCUGCCACCAGAACAACUUUUUUUGCCACUGUUUUUUCAUUACAUUUUUUGAAUUCCCAUCUUAAUUUUCAAAUACAUUUUAAGAAGACAUUGUUAUUUCAAAGUUUAACAUUGAGUCAAAUAAGUCUCUGUAGGAAAUAAAGAUCCCAAGACAUGGCGUACAGACUCUUAAAAGCAAGUUCAUAGAUUUCUCGUCAAACACUUUAUCUAAAGUUUAUUUUUAUGUUAUUUCUUAUUUUUUAGGUGCUUUUAUUCUCAAAGUUCUGAAAACCUUUUAGCAGUGUUUUUGGAAACAAAUGUGCAAACAGUCAAAUUAAGUAGAUAAUAUUUACAAAUGUAAAAUGUCCUCCAGAUCAACCACUAAUAGAAAGUAAACCUUAUAUUUUAUUAUUUGCCAAAAUAUUUUAUUAUAAAAUACGACCAAAAUAUUUAAAAUGCACAAUGCUUUUAACUUAACUAUGCUAAUCCUAUUUCUGUCUGUAUUGUGCUAUACCUUUUCUGAUUCAGAAUUAUAGGAAGCUUGAUAAAUACUUGAUUUUAACCAGUGAGACUGGAGGUAGGGGGACUAAGUGUUUAAGGAACAAUUGUAUGCUAUUUAGCUUAAAUUUAUUUUGUUUAGUUGGAAAUAUAAAUUAAGAGAAUUUUUAUGUAAUGAGAUAUGACAACUAUAAUGGAAAUUAAAGAGUCAAAUAAAGCAAAGAAAUGAAGGGCUGGAAAAAUGAAUUUUGUAAUAUUCUCAGGAUACUUUUAUUACAAAAGUAUAUUGUUAAAGAUUUUGUAAAUUGUACUUCAUAAUUUUAAAUGUAUUGAGCAAGCUGCAGUGAGCACACUGUGGUUAUACAGAGAGAUGCACAUAAGAACCUGUAUCUAUAACUGUGCAAUAACAGUAUACAACUCUUCUGUCAUGGAGAAAUCCAUGACAUUACAUACAAUAUUAUUGUUUGAUGUGGUUAAGCUUAAGUUGUUUUUUAGUUAUCACUUCACAAAUCAAGACUCAGAACACUUCAAACACUUUCAGUGAGACAGAAAAUUUACUAUUGUGCUUACUAGAACACAAGGCAUUAGUGAUGAACUAUGAAGCAUUUUAAUGGUUUAUAUGAAUAACCAUAAGUUAUAUAAGACCAUCCAU